GGAUGGGGUCCGGCUUAAAGCCUUGGGCUCCCCACUGAUACCCCGUCCAGGCUGUGGGUCCCCAACAUCUUGGGACCUGGAUUUGUGUGAGCUGGGGUGGUUCCCAGGCCAGAAGCGUGCCUCCGGCAGGCCCGCGGUGCCCCCGUUUUGCAUCAGGACCCCCCCUUGGAUGCUCUGAGCCACCCUCCUCAACCCGGAUCUAAAACCCGGGACACUGCUAUCAGGCCAGCCUCUCUACCCACCCCACCCCCUCUUUCUGGCGUCCAUCCCCUCCCCAACACCACCUCUGCUGCUGCCUCUGGCUGUGGACCUGCACCUCUUCCCCAUCCCCGCCAGGCCUGGGAAGCGGGGUGAGCCUGGAUGAGAGCCCCCCAACCUGGGGCUCUCCCAGGCCAUGGCCAGAGUGCUCCCAGAGAGGAGCCCUGGCCCCUGAGCAUCUGCUAGAGGCUUGGCAGAGGCCCCGCGGGGACCGUGUCUUCUGAGGACAAAAGGCGGCUGCCAGCAGGCAGACGGGGAGGGGGGGGCUGGGGGAGGGGGACCGGCAGCCAGGCGGGCAGACGGGUAGCAGGGACCAGCCCUGGCCCCCCUCCCAGCUUGGCGGUGGCAUGAAGAUGGGGGUGGGAGUGUGUAGUGGGGGAAGCACCUGCCUGGACCCUCACCUGCCAGCUAGCUGGGCACCCCAAGGCUGUGUGCUGCCCACUUGGUGUUCCCCAGCGUCCCCAGCCCUGCCCGGUGCACCCCUUUGGUGCCUGCUCCCCCCGAUGUCUGCGUUUUAGACCAGCCCGGCUGCCGUAUCCACGGCAACAGAAGCAGGAGUGUCACUGGCCGCCAGAUCACUGAGGGUCCCACAAUGUGGCCUGGGCUGUGAUUUAUCCUGGGUGAGACUGCUUGAGCCCCCUACCUGGAUUCCAAGACAGCCCUGCUGAGAAAGUCCAGGUGCAGCCCAGCAGGACAACUGAUGGAGUCCCCCAGGACCCAUCGAAUACCAGACUGGCUGAUCCCAUAGGGUUGGGAGCAGCCCCUGCCCCUCAGUAUGGCCAACACAACUGGUGAGCCCGAAGAGGUGAGCGGCGCACUGUCCCCGCCAUCAGCAUCAGCUUAUGUGAAGCUGGUGCUGCUGGGACUGAUCAUGUGUGUAAGCCUGGCGGGCAACGCCAUCUUGUCGCUGCUGGUGCUCAAGGAGCGUGCCCUGCACAAGGCUCCUUAUUACUUUCUGCUGGACCUGUGCCUGGCCGACGGCAUACGCUCUGCCGUCUGCUUCCCCUUUGUGCUGGCUUCUGUGCGCCACGGCUCCUCAUGGACCUUCAGUGCACUCAGCUGCAAAAUUGUGGCCUUUAUGGCCGUGCUCUUUUGCUUCCAUGCGGCCUUCAUGCUGUUCUGCAUCAGCGUCACCCGCUACAUGGCCAUCGCCCACCACCGCUUCUACGCCAAGCGCAUGACACUCUGGACAUGCGCAGCUGUCAUCUGCAUGGCCUGGACCUUAUCUGUGGCCAUGGCCUUCCCACCCGUCUUUGAUGUGGGCACCUACAAAUUUAUCCGUGAGGAGGACCAGUGCAUCUUUGAGCAUCGCUAUUUCAAGGCCAAUGACACGCUGGGCUUCAUGCUUAUGUUGGCUGUGCUCAUGGCAGCUACACAUGCUGUCUAUGGCAAGCUGCUCCUCUUCGAGUAUCGUCACCGCAAGAUGAAGCCAGUGCAGAUGGUGCCAGCCAUCAGCCAGAACUGGACAUUCCAUGGCCCUGGGGCCACCGGCCAGGCUGCUGCCAACUGGAUCGCUGGCUUUGGCCGUGGGCCCAUGCCACCAACCCUGCUGGGUAUUAGGCAGAAUGGGCACGCAGCCAGCCGGCGACUACUGGGCAUGGACGAGGUCAAGGGUGAAAAGCAGCUGGGCCGUAUGUUCUACGCGAUCACACUGCUCUUCUUGCUCCUCUGGUCACCCUACAUUGUGGCCUGCUACUGGCGAGUGUUUGUGAAAGCCUGUGCCGUGCCCCACCGUUACCUGGCCACUGCUGUUUGGAUGAGCUUCGCCCAGGCUGCUGUCAACCCGAUCGUCUGCUUCCUGCUCAACAAGGACCUCAAGAAGUGCCUGAGGACUCACGCCCCCUGCUGGGGCACAGGAGGUGCCCCGGCUCCCAGAGAACCCUACUGUGUUAUGUGAAGCAAGCUGGUAGACAGACAGGCAGGGAGAUCAUGGCUACCGUGAUGGAGCCAGCAGUAAGGGAAGGGUGGGCCCCAUAUAGGAGCCUUUCUUUCUGAGCUCCAGCCCUAGCCCCUCGAACCACCCAGAAUCUAGGCAUCUUUGCCGACACCUCCCCAGGGUUGGAGACUGGGGUGGGGGACUAGAAAAGAGGCAUUUCUAAUUCUGUGGGGCCUGUCUCCGCUGCCUCCUUCUCCACUUCUACAAUCUCUCUCAUUUCCUCUCUCUCUCUCUCUCUUUCUCUCUCUUCCUUUCUCUCUCAGAAGUGACAAUUCAGAAAAAGAAGUUAAGACUGAAAAUGCAGGUUUUUCUACUAACAGCUGAGGAGACGGGCUUUCUUGCUUUAAUGUCUCUCCUUCUGACAUUGUCCAGAAGGGGGAAAUUUGUUCUGUAAAAUAGACUUCCAGAGCUCUUAUUGCCCCCUCUGCUCCCAUGCACCCUUCCGAGUCCUUUAGCAAGGGCUGGAUGUUGAGGGAGAAAUUCAUCUGCUGACAACAGGGACCAAAGAGGGUGCUGGGUCCCCCGGGAGCAGAGACGUUUAAUUGCUAUGUUGUGUGCGAUGUUGUUUUAAGCUAACCCUGGUCCCAAGCCUGGUUUCCUCUCCCUCCCCACCAUGUCCAGACCUCCCAAGUGUUUCUUGAGCAUCUGUUCAAGAAGCCAGGAGGGGAGGGAGAAGGACCUCUGGGAUGGGUCCAUGCUAGGUGAAGAACGGGAUGUGAGCUGCACGCCUCGAGCUGAAGAGACCCGAGCUUGGCUGCAUUCUUUCGAGCUGCCUCCUGGAUCCCUAGUCCCCAACUCUUCUUCCUGAGGAUGGAAAUCCACUCCAGCCUCGCUAGGGUUGAUGUGGGUGCCAUAUAGGCAGGUGCAUUCCCCCAGGGGAAGUGUAGGAAGAGAGCAAAACUCCCCAGAGUAACUGGAUCCCAGUGCCUGGGUCAGAGCAGAACUCAGCCCCAGAAUUGUCUCCUGGGUUCACACUAUUCUCCUGAGGAUGAAAAGUUGGGGGAUGGCAUAAGCUCCAAGGCACUGUGGACUUGAGUCCAUUCUUAUUUGACCUCGUUUGGUCCCCUUCAAGCCUUGGGGGUCUGUCUCAAGCCCCUCUUGGUAGCCCUAGGCCUUCUGGGCCCUCAGCCCCCAACUUCCUUUCCCAGAACAGCCCUUCUCCCUCUUCUUCCCUCCACCCAAAAUGGAGCAGACUGCAGCCAGAUUCUCCAGGUGGGAGAGCCCAAGCCUCCCUCCCAGGGCAGAGUCCACUCUGGGCUCACAUUACUGCCAGUUCUUAUGGACUGGUGAGCCAAGCUGGCAUUCCUUUGCCUGGCCUUGCCCAGAUUCUUUGUCCCCCCCCCCCAUUUCCUGGGGGAGGGGGAGAUCUGUAUUUAUCUAUCCUCCUUUCCCUUCCUGAUAGAAGCUGUUGUCCUAAGCUCUUUUCCUACCCCCAAGACAGCCCCAGAAUUGGGGAAGACUUGACCCAAGAGGAAUGGGGAGGGCACUCUAGGCAGGAGAGACAUUAAUGAGCCUGGCUGUGGAGUGGCCCUGGAAAGGCAGGCCAGAGUGGCUGAGAGGCUGGGGUGGAGGGUACCUGUUCUCUCAGUGAUAGUGAUGGGGGUGCCUUUCCCAGGGAUUGGGGUGGGGGGGAACCACAGGGGUGGGAGUAGGUAGGGUACAUUCUGGAGGGUUUUCCUCCAUUUCUUUUUUCUAUCUGCCUGGAUUCACCAUUGGAUUUUGUAAAUGGAAAACUGAAAAGAACAAUGCUAUAUUGGAUGUCUUCUCUUUCUGACUCUGUGUGUGUGUGUGUGUGUGUGUGUGUGUCCUGUCUGCAUGACCACAUGUGGGGAGGUAUGGUCAAGUGGGACUCUGUCUGUGUGACUUUGUGUGGAUAGGCACCACUGCCCGGUGCACACAUGUGAGCAAAUGCCUGUAUGUGGGGACAUAUGGCACACACACACACACACGUACAUGUAUGCACCUAAUUGAAAGGAGACAAACUAGAGUAUGUGCCUGCAGUAGGAAGUAGAGUGGUCGGAGAAUAGAAUUUUAGAACCAUACAUAUGUAUGCAGCAAGAGGGUAGACUCCCAUCUUGUAAAAUCUUACUCCUUUGACCCAGGCUCUGAACAUGGGGGACAGGAUACUUGAGAACCCUAUAUCUUCCCAUAUCCUGGAGCGCCCUGGGUUCCAUCCAACUCCUGUGUCAGUCUCCUCCCCAAAACGCAAACAAGGUGUUCCUGAAAGUGGACCACUUUGGAGACUAGGGACUGGGAAUUGGGGAUCAAACUUGAAUGGGAGAAAUAACAGGGUUAGAAAAUGUCCCCUACAAGUAAUGGCUUUUGGAGGGACUGCUCAGUCUGGGAUGGGAGCCCUUCUGAAGUGUCCACUGUAUACAUCUGGGACUUUGGUAAGCUUUGACUAAAUUUAGAGGAGGGAUGUUAUGGGGGGCGGGAGGGGAAGCCAAGCCUGGGAGUCUAUCCAGCUAGCCUGCUCCCUGGGCACUCAAUUUACCGUUUAUUUACUUAUUCUCUCAGGUGCACAGAAUUGAGUUGACCAUAAUCCUCAGUUCUUGGCACACUACAUCAUCAUUGGUCCAUGCGAGUCCCUUUUCUUCUUUGUUUUGUUUUGUUUCUUCCCCUUCAUCACCCAUCCCUGAUCCAAUACCCCCUCCCAUAUAGGCACCCACUCUUGUGUAUUUAAUGUAUGUCCUUCCAAUUCACCGUUCAUGUGUUUAUUUACAUAUAUGUGUAUCUGUGAAAAAUAUAUGGUAUUGUUAUGUGUUUUAAUUUACAUAAACAGUAUUGUACUAUAAA